AUGUUGUCCCAUAUAGUUGGUAUCGUGAGUGGUGGAGCGAGUGGUCUUGGCGCUGCCACUGCUGCCAGUCUUCUCAAGCAUGGAGGAAAAGUUGUUGUGGCUGAUCUUCCCAGCCAAAGAGCCGCCUUCGAACAACUUGCUGCUUCUGUUGCGGGAUCCAGUAGUGCACUGUCAUUUGCAGAAGCCGACGUGACAAAUCCAGACCAGAUCGCACGAGCUCUGGACAUGGCGGAGGAGCAAUUUGGAGCACCUGUCAAUGCUGCAAUAAACUGUGCCGGAAUUGGCCUGGCUCGGAAAAUUGUGUCGGUCAAAAGAGGAACCGACGAAGUCAAAGUCCAUCCUUUGGAAGAAUUUUCAAAAAUCAUGCGUGUCAACGUCGACGGGACCUUUAACGUUGCAAGAUUGGCAGCCGAACGAAUGAUAAAACGAGAAAAUGGAUCCGACGGAAUCAAAGGCUGCAUUAUCAACACCGCGUCUAUUGCCGCAUAUGACGGCCAAAUUGGCCAAUGUGCAUACGGCGCCAGCAAAGGUGCUAUUGCUAGCUUGACUCUACCCAUGGCUAGAGAUUUAUCCAGUCAAGGUAUCCGGGUCAUGACAAUUGCUCCUGGACUCUUCCAAACACCCCUUUUGGAUGGCCUGCCAGAUGCCGUCAAAGCGGAAUUGGGAGCCACAGUUCCCCUGCCCUCACGGCUGGGUGAUCCGGCCGAGUUUGGGCAAUUAGUUGUCUCCAUUUUGACAAACCCAAUGCUGAAUGGAGAAGUGAUUCGGCUCGAUGGGGCGAUUCGGAUGCCUCCCAAAUAG